AUGGAAAUGGAGAGAUCGCUGGAAAGAGCUUUUGUAAUGGCGAAUCUGGAACCCCUUUUCGCGUUCUGUUGUUAUUCUUUGAACCAUUUGGAUUUCACGGUUUCAUUCAAACAGAUGGCGGAAGUGACGAAAUUAUUGUACAUCGUGGUGGUGGAAGAAGAUGAAAAGAGAGAGGAAGGAAAGGAGUCUUUCCGGUAUACAAGACCUGUUCUGCAGAGUACUCUGCAGCUCAUGGGAUGCAAAGCUCGUCAUGGUUUCAAGAUUAGCCAAAGGGUUUUUGUUGAAUGA